GAUAGGUACAGUACAAAUUAGAAUUUUCAUUCAAAUUAAUUAUUAUUACUAAACCUUGUUAUACUUCGACGUUUUAUACGGCUAAUAUAACAGUAGCUGUAGUCUUGUAGACCUUAAACCUAUUUUUUUUUUUUAAUUAUAUUGUUUAUAUUAUUUUAAUUGUAAGAUAUUAUAUUCUUCGUUUGGAAUAUCUGUAUCCAAUGAAUCGGCAAAACGAUAUCUGCAAGGUAGUAACGUUAGGAGAUUCUGGUGUCGGAAAAACAUGCUUAUUGCAAAAGAUAAAAUAUGGAACAUAUAAUAAUGAAAAUUCGAUGACCAUAGGAAUCGAUUGUUUACAUAAAACUGUUGAUUUGGGAAAUAAAUUAAUUACACUAGAACUGUGGGAUACAGCUGGACAAGAGAGAUUUGAUGCUAUGAAUAAGUUAUAUAUAAGAAAUGUAAUGUGUAUAUUACUUGUCUACGAUAUUACCAAUGAGGAGUCGUGUUUUAAACUGAAUAAGUGGUGUGAUUUGAUUGAUGAGCAAGCACCAAGUGAUGUAAUCAAAAUUUUGGUUGGUAAUAAAUGUGAUAAACGUACCAGAAUGAUUACAACUGAAAUCGGGCAAUCGGUAGCUGAUUAUUUAAAAAUGCCAUUUAUAGAGAUAUCAUCGAAAGAAGAUGUCAAUGUAGAUGAAUUAAUGGAUUUAAUGUUGGUAAUGUUAGUACAAUUACUAGAAAACCGAAAAAUUUUAUUAGAAGAAAAAAGAUUACAAGAUGCAUUCCGUAUUUCGCAAAGAGACUCUGAAAUCAAUGAACAAAGCGGCUGGGAAUGGUUACGCCAAUACUGUUCUUAUAUUUAAUUUAUUCAAGUUUAAAUUUAUAUUUACUCGUCAACUAUUACUUAUAGUAAAAUAUGUUUUAAAAUAAUGUAUGAUAUGUACUAAAUGUAUAGUUUUUCUGUACAUUGUUUUAAGUAAUUUUAACUUAACGACAUGGUUUUAUGAUACCAAGAUAAUUUUUCUUUAUUGUAAUUUUGUAAGAUUUUAAGCUUAAAUACAUUUUUAUCUUUUAUAAAACUGGUAUUUUAUAGUUGAAACGAUUUAUUCAUUGAUAUAUAUUUAAAAAAGAGUUUUAAUUGUAUAUAAAAAUGAAUGACUAGCUUUAACAAAUUGACUAGUAUUAAAUGUAUUAUAUUUAGGAUACAAAACAGCAUAAUGUUAAGCAAGCAACGUACCAGUGUUGUUUUUUACUUUCGCCUAUUUAACUCUUCGAUUCUGGUAA